AUGUCCAAGAUUGUUCGAGUCGGCGCCGUUCAAUCCGAGCCCGUAUGGCUUGAUCUCGAUGGCAGUAUUAACAAGACCAUCUCUCUCAUUGAGAAGGCCGCUGCAGAUGGCGUCAAUGUGCUCGGGUUUCCUGAAGUCUGGAUUCCCGGCUAUCCAUGCAAGAUGCGGUUAAGGAGCAUGUGGACUUCGGCGGUGAUUAACAACUCGCACAUCAUUCAUGACUAUAUGAACAACUCGAUGCGAAAAGACUCCCCCCAGAUGAAGCGCAUCCAGGCUGCUGUAAAGAAGGCCGGAAUGAUGGUUGUACUGGGGUAUAGCGAACGCGACGGGGCGAGCUUGUAUAUGGCGCAGUCUUUCAUUGACCCAUCAGGCGAGAUUGUACAUCACCGUCGAAAGAUCAAGCCGACGCACAUCGAGCGGACCAUCUGGGGCGAAGGUCAGGCGGAAUCACUCACUUGCGUGGUCGACUCCCCCUUCGGCAAGGUUGGCGGAUUGAAUUGCUGGGAGCAUUUACAACCGCUGCUGCGAUACUACGAGUAUUCGCAGGGAGUCCAGAUCCACGUCGCUAGUUGGCCACCCGAGUUUGAGAUGCCGGAUCCAAAAAAGAUCGCCUGGCUGUACCAUGAAACCGGAGAAGCGUCGUAUCGCGCCAGUCAGUUUUUCGCAAUUGAGGGACAAGCCUUCGUUUUGGUAGCUUCGCAGAUCUUGACAGAGGCGAACCUCGACAAGAAUAAUCUAGCAGGCAACCCAGUGACUAAAACGCCAGGAGGCGGCUUUUCAAUGAUAUUUGGCCCGGAUGGAAAGCCCUUGUGCGAUCCCGUGGAUACAGGAGCUGAGGCAAUUUUAACAGCCGAUAUCGAUCUUCGAGAAAUUGACAAGCCAAAGGCGUUUAUCGAUGUCGUGGGCCACUAUGCCCGUCCGGAUCUCUUGAGUUUGCUGGUAAACCCGAGUGUGGAUAAACACGUAACACAGAUGAACAAAUAA